AUGGACGACAUUUAUAUAUACGUAACGCAAUAUAAUUCAUAAAAUGCUAGGAAUGUUACAUAUUUAUGAAAAUUGAGAAAUGUCACAACUAUUUAACACGUUUAUGUGACCAAUUUCAGAGUGUACAUUCAAGAGACCAAUUGUUGAUAUGUAUGUAUAUCGUGCUUGUUUGUGUUGAAAACUUUAUGGCGGCAAUUAUGCCAUUUUGGUGUUACGUGUGAAAUUUUUUUUAUUGUCUUGAAAAAUGCCGGCGUUUUUAAAGCAUAUCGAAGUAGAAAACUUUAAGUCGUACAAGGGAAAGCUUAUUAUCGGUCCUUUGAAAUCAUUUACCGCUGUUAUUGGACCAAAUGGAUCUGGAAAAUCCAAUUUUAUGGAUGCAAUUAGUUUUGUGAUGGGAGAGAAAACAAGUAGUUUACGUGUAAAACGUUUUAGUGAACUUAUUCAUGGAGCAUCAAUAGGAAUGCCAGUGGCUCGCAGUGCGUCUGUAACUGCUGUGUUCGAACUUGAAGAUGGUAGCGAAAAAAGUUUUAUUCGUUCUGUACAAGGAUCUUCGUCUGAGCAUAGAAUAAAUAACAAUGUUGUUACUAGUCAAGUAUAUUUGAAUGAGUUAGAACAUCUUGGCAUUAAUGUGAAAGCAAAGAAUUUUCUCGUAUUCCAAGGAGCUGUUGAGUCAAUAGCCAUGAAAAAUCCUAAAGAACGUACCGCACUUUUUGAGGAGAUUAGCAAUUCUGGCGCACUGAAAGCAGAAUAUGAAAGGUUGAGGACAGAAAUGUUGAAAGCAGAAGAGGAAACACAGUUCUCAUAUCAGAAAAAGAAGGGGAUCGCCGCUGAAAGAAAAGAGGCAAAACUGGAGAAAGAAGAAGCCGAGAAAUAUCAACGUUUGAAGGAAGAAUAUAUAGAAAAGCAAGUUGAAUUGCAAUUGUUUCGUUUAUUUCAUAAUGAGAAAAAUACAGAGAGUUUAGAAGUAUCGCAGAAGAAAAAGCAACACGAGAUAGAAAAAAUAGAAAAGAAAAGAGAAAAGGCAGAAGAACUAUUAAAAGAAAAAAAGAGGGAUUCUGGGAAGUUGGGAAGGGAUCUCGCUAAAAUUGAACAGGACAUUAGAGAAGUAGAAGUGGAUAUAACGAAGAAAAGACCUACGUUUAUCAAAGCAAAAGAACGCGUUGCGCACAUGCAGAAGAAAGUAGAGUCAGCACGGAAAUCAUUGGCGCAAGCUCGUAUCGCAGAUGAAGCUCAUAAGAAAGAUAUACAUGAACUUCAGGAGGAGUUACGUCAAGUAGAAGAAGCUAAAGCAGCCUAUGAAGCAAGCAUUGCUGGGCAAUCACAAUUGCAGGGCAGAGAUGUACAACUUGAAGACGAACAGGUUAAGGAGUAUAAUCGUUUAAAAGAGGAAGCAGGCAAACAAUCAGCAAGAUAUUUGCAACUUCUUGAUUCUAUCAAUCGUGAACAAAAAUCAGAUCAGGACAGACUUGAUAAUGAAGGCCGGAAGAAAACUGAGAUAGAGAAUAAACACAAACAGAAAGGUCAUAUGCGAGAUGAAGCUCUCAAGAGGGUAGAAAAAUUAGAAGAACAUAUUAGAACCUCAGAAGCGGCUUUGGAGGAUCAGAAAAAGUUAAGAGCUGAUUUACAGUCAGAUGUUGGUAUUUCCAAAGAUAAAAUCCAGAACCUUCAGCGUGAGUUAGAGAGUAUAUCUGAACAGUUAGGCGACGCGAAGGUUGAUAAGCAUGAAGUGUCAAGAACUAAGAAGAAAACAGAAAUUGUUGAAAAUUUUAAACGUCUUUUCCCUGGAGUGUAUGAUCGUAUGUAUAAUAUGUGCGAACCUAUUCAUAAGAGAUACAAUGUUGCAAUUACUAAAGUUCUUGGCAAAUAUAUGGAGGCGAUUGUUGUUGAUACUGAGAAAACGGCUAGACAGUGCAUUCAGUACCUUAAAGAACAGUAUCUUGAACCAGAAACAUUUCUUCCUCUCGAUUAUAUUCAAGCAAAACCAUUGAAAGAGAGACUUAGAAAUAUUCAAGAACCUAAAAAUGUAAAAUUGUUGUAUGAUGUCUUACAUUUUUCUCCAAAGGAUAUUGACAGGGCAGUGUUGUUUGCUACAAAUAAUGCUCUCGUGUGUGAAACGCCUGAAGAUGCAAACAAAGUAGCUUAUGAAAUGGAUAAGAAAGCAAGAUAUGAUUGUGUAGCAUUAGAUGGAACGUUUUAUCAAAAAGCUGGAAUUAUAUCUGGGGGUAGUUUGGAUCUUGCGAAGAAAGCGAAACGGUGGGAUGAGAAACAAAUGUCCCAAUUGAAAGCACAGAAGGAGAAAUUAACAGAAGAAUUACGCGAGUCUUUGAAAAAAUCUCGAAAAGAGUCUGAAUUGAACACAGUUGAAUCGCAAAUACGUGGAUUAGAAACGCGAUUAAAGUACAGCAAAAAUGAUUUGGUUGAAACCCAAAAACAAAUUUCAGCACUUGAGGGGGAAUUAGAGAGUCUUCAAAAUGAAUUGAACCUGUUUGGUCCGACAAUAACUGCUAUUGAGAAAACGAUGGCCGAAAGAGACCAAGAAAUACAAAAUAUUAAAGAGAAAAUGAAUAAUGUCGAAGAUGACGUAUUUGCCAGUUUUUGUGAACAAAUCGGUGUGUCUAAUAUUCGUCAGUACGAAGAAAGAGAGCUACGAUCGCAACAAGAAAGAGCAAAGAAGAGAAUGGAAUUUGAAAAUCAAUGUAACCGCAUAUACAAUCAAUUAGAUUUUGAAAAGCAACGCGACACGGAAAGCAAUGUUUUACGUUGGGAACGCGCGGUUCAAGAUGCAGAGGACAAACUUGAAAGUGCAAGGCAGGUUGAAUCCAAUCAAAAAAUUGAGAUAGAUCAUGAUGAGACUCGAAUGGAACAAUUGAAAUCAGAACGGAACGUAAAGAAAAUGGAGGUUGAUCAGAAGGACGAUGAAAUUGGUAAAGCGAGACGUGAGGUUGGCGCAAUUGCGAAAGACAUACAAGCUGCUCAAAAACAGUUGAAUGGUAUUGAAGCGAAAAUUGAGCAGAAGAAAGCUGAACGUCACGCUGUAUUAAUGCAAUGCAAGAUGGAGGACAUUGCAAUCCCAAUGCUCCAUGGAAAUAUGGAGGACAUUGCCAAUGAAACGAGUGUAUCUAACAGUACAGAAAGCACUAUUGGGGAACGGGAAAAGCGAAUCACUGUAGAUUAUGGUCUUCUGCCGGAAAAUUUGAAGGACGUGGAUGAAGAUGACAUCAAGAAAACCAGCGAUAAAUUAACAAAGGCAAUUAAUGAUUUGCAAGGUACCAUUCAGCGACUUCAGGCUCCCAAUAUGAAGGCGAUACAAAAAUUAUAUCUUGCUAAGGAAAAGUUACAAGAAACAAACGAAGAAUUUGAACAGUCUCGGAAAAAGGCGAAGAAAGCGAAAACACAAUUCGAAAGAAUAAAGAAAGAGAGACAUGAUAGAUUUAUGGCAUGCUUUGAGCAUGUGGCUAACGAAAUCGAUCCGAUUUAUAAGAGUUUAGCAAAAAAUCAAUCUGCCCAAGCAUUUCUUGGCCCAGAAAAUCCAGAAGAACCAUAUUUGGAUGGUAUUAAUUAUAAUUGCGUCGCACCAGGAAAACGAUUCCAGCCAAUGUCUAAUUUGUCUGGAGGAGAGAAAACGGUUGCCGCAUUGGCUCUGUUGUUUGCAAUUCAUAGUUUUCAACCAGCACCAUUUUUUGUAUUGGAUGAGAUUGAUGCUGCAUUGGACAACACUAAUAUAGGAAAAGUUGCAAGUUAUAUACGUGAUAAGACAAGCUCCUUACAAACAAUUGUUAUAUCUUUGAAGGAAGAAUUUUAUUCGCAUGCUGAUGCGUUGAUUGGUAUUUGCCCUGAUGUUGGCGAAUGCUUACAAAGUAAAGUAUUAACACUCGAUCUAUCUGUAUGUCCCACGCACAUUAAUUAAUGAAUAUAUUAUAGUAUUAAUAUUUAUA